AUGAUGAUCCGCCUACUUUCCCUGUUUCCUCUGCUAGGUAUAGUGGGGGUGUUGGCCCAAAAUACCACUGGACUUUCUCCUAAACAAUACCUAUACCUACCUCUCGGAGCUAUCAAGCCCUCCGGAUGGCUGUAUGACCAGCUGAUGGUCCAGACCAAUGGUCUCGCUGGAAACGAACGAAAUUUCUAUGAUUAUGUGGCUCAGAGUGACUGGACAGGAGGAAACUAUACGUAUUCGAACCUCGAGGAAGCUGGGAGCUACUGGUUUAAUGGUUUAGUUCCCAACGGUGUAAUAGUCAAUGAUACGACCAUUCAAUCGCAGACGCAAUAUUUCUUGGAUUAUGUUUUCGCGAACCAAGAUUCAACUGGUUGGAUUGGACCAGAAGUGUUUGAUUCGACCAAACCUCGUUAUCUCUGGGGCAGGUACCCCUUCCUUUUUGGCGUUAUCCAGAUGAUCGAGUAUAACUCAACACUUUCCGAAACCCUCAUUCCCGCUAUUUACAAGCUAUACGACUUUUACCCGAAUGGAAACGAAAACCUCCUCAUUAACACUAUGGAAAUGUUGAGAAACAGUGGUGUCUCCUGGCAAGAUGUCUUUGAUAAGCAGUACUUUCCUACCACAGCUACUGAAAACCUUGUCAAUCCAUUCAACAACACGUUGACCUGGCAUGGAGUCAAUGUCGCCGAAGGGCUAAAGGCUACCGCUGUUCAAUACCGUUUUACUCACAAUCAGUCAGAUUUGGAACGGGCAAGUUCAGGAUGGGACCUUUUAUUCGAGUACCACGGCCGUCCUUCUGGAAUUUUUGCCGCAGACGAGUACCUUGCUGGUCUACAAGCUAUUAGAGGAACCGAGCUCUGCGAUGUUGUGGAAACUAUGUACUCCGGCUCAUAUCUGUUUCAAAUGAUCGGAGAUACCAAGUUCGCAGACAGAGUGGAGAGGAUAGCUUACAAUUCACUUCCUGCUACUUUGACCGGAAAUAUGUGGUCUCGUCAAUAUUUGCAACAGCAAAACCAGGUUGCCGCUAUGAACAUGAACCCGGACCCAUUCCCAACAGACGGUGCCUAUUCUAAUGUCUUUGGACUGGAACCAAAUUACCCCUGUUGUACUGUCAACCAUCCACAAGGUUGGCCGAAGUUCGUCACCAACUCGUUCGUCACCACGCCCGAUCAAUCCUCCCUCGUCCAUGUUUACUUGGGUCCUCUCAAUACAUCCACGACACUAGCGAAUAACAACGCUGUUACUGUUAAUGUAGAUACAUUGUACCCUUUCAGUGACACCCUCACUACCACCAUCACAGCAACUUCGGCGUUCACAUACUAUGUUCGUAUCCCGAGCUGGGUUAGCGGAGGAACUAUCGCAAUUAAUGGAGGGGCUGCACAAGCUGUGAAUCCCUCAAAUGGGUUGCAAAGCGUAUCCAUUGGUGCCGGUACCACGACGAUAGUGCUCAACGUUCCAGCGGAGAUAACUCUUGAAAAUAGGCCUGAAAGUUCUAUCGCCGUUCACCGUGGCCCGUUACACUAUGCAUUCGACAUAUCUAGGAACCAGACUAUUCUUGCGCAAAAUGCUCAACAGCCUCUCGCCGUUGAUUUGCAAUACCUAGCUACGGAAGCAUGGCAAUACGCCAUCGACCCCUCUACGUUGACGUUCAACAGCAACCCGCCUUCCUCCGGCGAGCUUCCAUCUCCCAUUUUUGACGCUGGACUGCCUCCAUUGACCAUCACUGUUACUGCCUGUCCCGUCGCAUGGGGUCUCGCUGGUGAUACUUUUGCGGAUUCGCCCCCUGUGUCCCCAUCUUGCACUGGUGCUCCUACUAACAUAACCCUGUGGCCUUUUGGGGCGACCAAACUCCGUAUCGGAGAGUUCCCUGUUUUUAACUCUACGCAAUGA